GUUAAGACCUGCGUGAGUGAAUGGAAGGGUCGCGGGUGGUUAGUUGAGCCGGCUCCGGCGGGGAAGGAGGCGGGCUGCGGCUGCGGCUGAAGCUGGGGCUGAAGCUGGGGUUGAAGCUGGGGCUGGGGUUGGGGGACUGCCCGGGGCUUAGAUGGCUCCGAGCCCGUUUGAGCGUGGUCUCGGACUGCUAACUGGACCAACGGCAACUGUCUGAUGAGUGCCAGCCCCAAACCGCGCGCUGCUCGGGACCUUAGAGCCUCUGACUCAGGCUGGAAGAUUUGAGAGCUGGAUUAAGUACUUGUUGGCUCACGCCCGUGACUGUUCCGCUGUUUAGCUGUUGUUUUUGUGUGGACACUCCUGGAAUAAUCCAGAAUGGCUACUCUGAUCUAUGUUGAUAAGGAAAAUGGAGAACCAGGCACCCGUGUGGCUGCUAAGGAUGGGCUGAAGCUGGGGUCUGCACCUUCAAUCAAAGCCUUAGAUGGGAGAUCUCAAGUUUCAACACCACGUUUUGGCAAAACGUUCGAUGCCCCACCAGCCUUACCUAAAGCUACCAGAAAGGCUUUGGGAACCGUCAACAGAGCUACAGAAAAGUCUGUAAAGACCAAGGGACCCCUCAAACAAAAACAGCCAAGCUUUUCUGCCAAAAAGAUGACUGAGAAGACUGUUAAAGCAAAAAGCUCUGUUCCUGCCUCAGAUGAUGCCUAUCCAGAAAUAGAAAAAUUCUUUCCCUUCAAUCCUCUAGACUUUGAGAGUUUUGACCUGCCUGAAGAGCACCAGAUUGCGCACCUCCCCUUGAGUGGAGUGCCUCUCAUGAUCCUUGACGAGGAGAGAGAGCUUGAAAAGCUGUUUCAGCUGGGCCCCCCUUCACCUGUGAGGAUGCCCUCUCCACCAUGGGAAUCCAAUCUGUUGCAGUCUCCUUCAAGCAUUCUGUCGACCCUGGAUGUUGAAUUGCCACCUGUUUGCUGUGACAUAGAUAUUUAAAUUUCUUAGUGCUUCAGAGUUUGUGUGUAUUUGUAUUAAUAAAGAUUCUUUAACAGA